AUGUCAAAUAAUAAUAAUAGUAAAGAAAAGAUAAAUGUAUUGUUGACAGGAGCAACGGGUUACAUUGGAUCAAAUACACUUAGACCAUUGAUAGAGUCUGGUUUGUACAAUGUAUUUGUGUUGGUGAGGAAGUCGUCAAGAGUACCACCUAUAUUCAAGACACUGGCAUCUCAUCCAUCGAUGCAGAUCAUUACAAGUGAAUUUGUGGAUCUCAAGAAUCAAGAUCAAAAGGGUCGUAUCAGCAACCUUCGUUAUAUUAUCAAGAGCAACCGUAUCAAGGUCAUCAUUCACUGCGCUGCAUUGAUGGAGUUUUACCCAUCCGAUAACAAAAUUGUACACUUAUCAAACGUAGUUGGAACAGAGAAUCUUUUAAAAGCAUCAUUUACAAAAGAUGAUGAUGAAUCAAGUAGUGAUGAAAGUGAUAGUGAUAGUGAUAGUGAAAGUGAUGAAGAAGAAGAAGAAGACAAUCGAUCGUCGUCAUCAUCAAGUUCACCAUCAUCUACAUCAUCAUCUACAUCAUCAUCUAGAAAAUGUUUAAUUGAUAGAUUCAUAUAUAUAUCAUCAACAGAGGCAAUGGGAGGAGUUACACCAACUGGACAGUUGAGAGAUGAAAAGAGUGAAACACAUACAGACUAUUACUAUGGAGACACUAAAGUGGAGGCAGAGGCGUUGGUCAAAACCUACCAAACUCGAUACCCAACUUUAGAUUGUAUUAUACUCAGACCGACAGGUGUCUAUGGCAAGGACGACGACUUUGUCAUUUAUGAAUUGAUGCAAGCAGUCUCUUAUGGACUGUUGUUUUUCUUGCCAUCACUUGCCAAAGGCGCCGUCAUGUUUACUCACAUUGACGAUGUUGUCCAAGGCAUCUUGCUGGCCAUUAAGAGAAAGAAACUCGCCACCAAUACAACCAGCACAUACAUUAUCUGUCCCGACAAGGGUCUAGAGUACCGAGAAGUGUUGGUAUUCCUCAACGAAAAACUAAAUAGAAUGAAACCAAGACUAGUCUUUCCAGCUGCCAUUGUAUUGCCAAUCAUAGAUAUUGCUGGUAGAUUUAUGUAUUUAUUCAAGAAAAAGAAAUUCCUCUAUAAAAAGGAAACUCUAUCAAAAAUGGCAGAAGAUAGAUUAUUUAGUAAUGAAAAGGCUAAAAAGGAAUUAGGAUUUAAACCAACCUAUUCUUUUAAACAAGGUUUAAAUGUUACGAUUGAAGAAUAUUUGGAGAAUGAAAGAUUAUCUUAUUAUCCAGUAUCUCCAUUAUUUAUCAUCGUAGCAUUAUUUGCAAUGUUUGUAAAAUUUAUAUUAUGGAAAUAA